AUGCUUCGCCACCCCCUAACUUUAGGACCAAGUCCCAGUAGGAAUCAACUCGAUUUUAUCGAGUGCAUCCAGCAACUCUGCAUGAUUCUACAACACGUCGCGGCUCAGAAGAAGCCUGAAGAUGUGGUCGAUAGCAUUCUCAGACGCGCCGAGUUAGUUAAGAUUGCUCGCCGGCUGCAGAAUCUUCUCGCCCUUGCCCAGUUUAAAACCGACCAUGGAUGCGAAGACCUUUCCUUCGGCGUCAUAGAAUUAGCAUACAAGGAGGAGAUACGGCGAAGGCCUCUGACCGAACACGACCUCCUUUCCCACUCUGCUGCGUUCACUGCCCAGCUUCCGCGCCCUUCUGCUCUCCCAAGCUUGUCCCACGAAGCGGGCCCGUGCUUGCAGGCCAGUGGGCACGCCAAUGCACGCAAGCGUGCUCUUUGCCCAUCGUUGCUCGAAGAUAGCCCAAGUAAUCCCAGCAAAGGACCCUGCCCAUCUCGCGCUGCUGUCACAACUUUCAACGACCAGUCACGGGAGCACAGUGAAGCAGGUGUUCGGUCAUCGAAUAUCAGCCAAGCCUAUUGCCGACGCAUUGCCUCAGUGGCCCAAUGUAUCGGUAACCCCCCUCCAUCAAGCGCAGCCGUUCCUGAAAGCGACGAUGACAUAUCAACUGCCUGGCUUUUCCACGCCACUAGUCUUCAGCCAUCACUUCUGCCAAGGUUCCCGCCCACGCCCUUCAUCCCACUCGGCAACGGCAACACCGUCUCCACCACUCCAGCAUCACACUUUGACUGGGCAGAUUUCAUCAAUGCCGCACCUAAUAGUCCAGCUCAGAAUGAUGGGAAGACCAUGUCGUCUAUCCUCUCAAAGCUGCCUCCUGUAACCGUCAGGAAGCCCUAA